AUGAGCACGGGGGUAAAGCACGAACUUAUGUUGCUCCCUCCGCAGCCUUCUGAAAAGUUGAAGCCCUGUCUCAUCCCUUGUGUGAUGGCUGAAGACUACGCGUCAAAACCGCGUGAAGCGCGCCGCUUCUCCGCGAUCUUAGUGGCCAUCAUUUUCAUACAGACCGUUUUGGUGGAAUGUUGCCUUAUUUUGUGGCCAGCUCUUCCAUUGCUACUAAUUCCCAGACCUGAAGCCCGAAAGGUGUUUGCCAAAGUCGCAGGCUGGGGACAAGCAGCAUGGUUGGGCUUGGCAGUGACGUGCUUGCGAUUCAUUGCAGGUGUACGCAUCUACAUCCACACCCGAGGUGUCUCUCUUGCGGAGCUGCAGAAGAUUCACACCAGUGUGCUGAUGAUUAGUAAUCAUCCAUCCAGGAUUGAUUGGAUGUUUCACUGGGCCUUAGCCAUCGCUCUGGGGCGGUUGCCAGACCUAAAGAUCGUUUUGAAGGAUACCUUGCGAGUUGCUCCGGGCUUUGGCUGGGCCAUGCAAUGCAAUGCCUACCCCUUCGUGUGUCGUAAGGAUCGGAACGCGGAUCUGGAAACCUUGCGAAGGACCAGCUUUCUGGGGGAUCCACUGGCGAUGCUUUUGUUCCCAGAAGGAACUGAUUUGAGUGAUUCAAAUUUGCAAAAGAGCCAUGCACAUGCGGAGAAAGAAGGGUUGAGCAAGUACAUGCAGGUGCUUCAUCCACGCACAGCUGGCUUCGAGACUGCUUGGUCCUCCAUGACCGAGGCUGCCAAGACCACAAAGGCUGAAGAAGUUCCGGUGCUUUUGGAUCUCACUGUGGCCUAUAUUGACCAUGUGCCUGGGGAGCUGCCCAACGAAGUGAAAUUCUUUGGAAGAGGCGAGUGUUGCCAAGAAGUGCACUUUCUGGUUCAGCGUCCUGGAACAGUGGACAGUGCAAGUGCACUUUGCACAAAACUUUGGAAGGAGAAAGAAGAGACCCUCUCAAAGUUUUAUGCACCAUGUCAGAAAGAUGGCAAGCGAAGUGGCAGUGGAAAGCUACCAGAUCGGUCAGCCCUGGGUGCCUCACACACCGUGCUGUGGGAGGAAGCUCCUGGAGCUCAGGGACGGAUGCUGGGAAGUUUGCUGGUGGCCUUCAUUUGUGAAGCCAUUGCUUUCUACUUGCUUUGCAAGUUGCCAUGGAUCCUGACCUUUGGACUUUUCGCUGCUGCAUGUGCCAGCUUCGUCAUCAUUCAGAAGCUUGCUGGCGGUAUUGACAAGGUCAUCUUGACUCAUGCUGACCGAUAUGGCGGCCUCUCAUCACCCAAGCAAGACUGA